AUGCAGAGCAACGAUGCGAAGAACACUUCCGAGAUCACGUCCGACGCACCUGCGAAGGACGAUACAUCGUCGCCCUCUCCUUUAACAACCAGCUCUCAUCCCUUGGAUCAUCCAAGUAAUGUGAUCCAAGAAUACGUAGACUUGGGUCACUUGACGAAGAUCGACCCUGAUCAACCCGCUAACCACGAGUAUUAUCUGCCACAUCGCGGCGUGAUCAAGGAAUCAAGCGACACCACUAAGCUCCGGGUUGUGCUCGAUGGAUCAGCGUCAAGCAACACUGGAAUAUCACUAAACGAUACUUUGCUCAUCGGACCAAAGUUGCAGGAGGAUCUAUUCGACAUUCUACUUAGAUUCCGGUCUCACCAAUAUGUUCUAUCUGGUGAUAUUGAAAAAAUGUAUCGGCAGAUAUUGAUACGCCCAGAAGAUAGGAAAUAUCAGCAAAUUCUGUGGCGCAAUUCCAACGGUGAAAUCGACGCCUAUCAACUUAAUACCGUAACGGUUGGGUUAUCAGCCGCUCCACACUUGGCCCUACGGUGUCUCAAAAAAUUGGCAGAUGACGCCCUCACCGGAGCCGAUACGAAGGAAGAGGUACUGUCGAUCAGAAAGGAGCUCACCGACCUUCUGCAAUCAGGCGGCUUCAAUAUUAGAGGAUGGGCUUCCAACGAUUCGGACAUACUGAGGGGGCUAUCCGAACAAGACAAAUGCCGGAAGUUACAAUUAGGUGAGUCUCAGACCCUAAAAACCCUCGGGCUUUUUUGGGAUUCCCAGGUUGACGCAAGCCUUUAUUCGGACGAUACCCAAGCUGAUCUCCCACGGGUUACAAAGCGAUCAAUAAGUUCGGUGAUCGCCAGAAUUUAUGAUCUAUUAGGAUUGCUAGCGCCAGUAAUCAUUCGAGCAAAAAUUAUUUUGCAACAUGUAUGGUCAUUAAAACUCAACUGGGAUGAAUCAUUUCCCGCGGAUCUGCAUACGGAAUGGAGCCGGUACUACACCCAGUUAGCGUUGAUAAACAACGUCCGGUUUCCACGAAAAACUGUAAUACCAGCAGCGACUAGGAUGGAACUCCACGGCUUUUGCGAUGCCAGCGAGAAGGCUUACGGAGCCUGCAUUUAUCUCCGUACCGUUAAUUUCGACAGCACCAUCCAAACCCGUUUGCUCACCACAAAAUCAAGGAACACUCCAUUCAAAACGCUGACCAUUCCACGACUCGAACUAAGCGGGGCACGCCGUCUGGCUUCCUUGAUUUCAUCAGUCCAGAAGGCCUUAACGAUCAAGAUCUCUCAAAUCGUAUAUUGGACCGAUUCCACCAUAGUGAUCCAGUGGAUCAAGUUCUCGCCGCAUAUGUUAAAAACAUUUGUGGCGAACCGAGUGGCAGAGGUACAAACCAAGACCAACAUCUCCGACUGGCGCCAUGGGUCUACAGCCGAUAAUCCAGUGGAUCUCAUCUCACGAGGUCAGACGCCCAAGGAGUUUCUGCGUCCGUCAGUUUGGAAAAAUGGACCAGAGUGGCUCCAGCAAACCGAAGAACAUUGA